UUUAACACUCGAACUAAUGACGAUCCAUAGGAGCUGAACUUGUAAUCUGGAAAAUAACGGCCGGAAUGUAUCCGCGAUACCACGUGCAUCAUGGCGAUUGAGUUGUUAUUCUCUAACCAUCCUACCGAGUCUUGAGUCCAGGCCUUUAGUUUGGUCAUUACUACAGGUUAUCUUCUUCACAGCGGCAACAUGCUAUUCAGCCCACGGGUAGCCUUAUGGCUUUCAUUAGCCACCUCUUCCGCGGUCGCUGCGAUAUUGCCAGUUGCCGAGACGACGGCACCUUCCGUCAGUCGAAGAUGGCUAGUCGGUGACGACAAGGUUCGCGGAGUCAAUCUAGGCUCUCUAUUUAUCAUUGAGGAGUGGUUCGCCAAAGACGAAUGGGCCAGUAUGGGAUGUAAGGGUUUCUACGACGAAUGGUCCUGUGUGAAACACCUCGGCCAGGAAAAGGCAAAUGCUGCUUGGGAUAAGCACUGGAAGUCCUGGAUCACCCAAAGCGAUAUCACCCAGAUAGCCAGCUAUGGGCUGAACACAAUACGCAUACCCGUCGGCUUCUGGAUCAAGGAAGACCUGGUACAUGCCGAUGAAUGGUAUCCCAGAGGAGGGCUGAAGUAUCUCGAUCGUCUCGUAGGCUGGGCUAGCGAUGCAGGUCUAUACGUUAUCAUGGACUUGCACGGCGCUCCUGGAUCGCAGUCGCCAAACGAGGAAUUCACGGGACACGGCACUGCGAAUCCCGCCUUCUUCACAAAAGCAAACUACGAGCGCGCCAAUAAAUUCCUCGAGUGGAUGACGGAAAGAAUCCACACCAACAAGGCGUAUCGCACCGUCGGCAUGCUCGAAGUCAUCAAUGAGCCUAUCAAGCGACGCGUCAAUGCUACUGAUGCCGACGACAUGCUGAAGAACUUCUAUCCUGCUGCCUGGGACCGGAUCCGUGCUCGCGAGAGUAAAUUAGGCGUGGCGAAGAAAGAUGCGCUGCAUAUUCAAUACAUGGGAAGCAACUGGGGCUCUGGCCAUCCCGAGACAUAUCUAAAAGACACGACGGGUCUGUACUUCGACGACCACGUAUACUGGCGCUUCGACACGCGCUCGGGCGAGACCAAAGAGAGCUACAUCAACGCGACGUGCAGUCUCUACCGUCCCGAAGCAGACGUCAUCGUCGGCGAGUUUUCCGUCUCCGUCGCCAGUGCCCUGCAGAACGGCGACGAGUUCGGUAUCCAGGGACAUAAGGAGAAUAUACCCUUCUACACCGACUUCUUCGCUGCGCAGGUCUCGGUAUAUGAGAGGAGCGGCGGAUGGGUCUAUUGGAAUUGGAAGUGUAAUUGGAUUAACCAGUUUAACGAUUGGCGCUGGUGCUAUAAGACUGCUGUUGAGGCCGGGGCUAUUCCUAAGGAUGCGGCGAAGGCGGCGGCGAUGUCGCCUUGUUAGGGGGUGUGGGAUUGUACAUGUCUUUGUUAGAGUUUGAGCUUUUAAGACGGAUAAUUAUAAAUUCAGGGAAUAGUAUAGAGUCAUACCUUGCGAAAAACCUUGGAGUUGCUACUAAUAUUAGUCAUAUUCCGCUUCUAGCUAAUA